UGUGAAUGUACCUUAACUCACCUCUAACUAAUUAGCACCUUACACAUCAAAUCAAAGAUGCACCUUCCAAGGACAUUGUGUUUCUUCGUAAUGCUGUUUUCACUGACCCAGGUAAAAGAAGCUGUUGCAGACUGUAACAUAACAUCGACAUCAUCACCUACUGCGUCGUCUCUCUACGUAAAAUGGAGCACUUUUCCAGGAGCAACAAGCUACAAUCUGGAACUCAGACCUGUGAAUUCAUCAAUCGUAGCACCCAUUUCUGUCCCACCACUCGCUUCGACCACAGUGGAGAAACUGGUCCAAGGCUUAAGACCAGGACAAAUUUAUCAAGUGAUUUUUAGAGUGUACGUGUUCAGUUACAUGAUAUGCAUCAAUUCACAGAUAGCACAGACAAUUCCCGCCACCUCUCAAAUCACAUACUUAAAAGCAAUAUCAAGCACCUCAAUCAAAUUCGAGUGGUCCAGUGCGCAAGGAGCUGAUAAGUAUAUUUUGAUUGUGGAGGGACCCAAUGAGUUUUACAACCUCACAUUUACCAAGCUAAAUGGACAGAUAGGCAACCUCCAGCGAUCCACUUCAUACAACUGUUAUGUUUACUCCGCUAAUGCUGCAGGCAUCGGAGCCAAGAGCCUUGUUAAAACCAUAAGAACAUUGGUGCAGCCACCAGAUGGCGUGAAUGUGACUGGAUUAACCCGAACCACGGCUCGAGUAACAUGGCAAGCCGUCUCAGGAGUCCUGCUCUACCAGGUGUCAAUGUCCUCCAAUAAUAUGCCAGUUCCUGCUUUAAAGAACGUCACCAGUACUACUGCGGACAUCUCAAACUUGGAGCCAUGUACAACAUACACUAUUGGGGUUUCAUCCUACAACAUGUUCCUGGAAGCAGGGGAGGCCAACAAUGUCACCUACACAACUAUCACCAUUCCAACAGUUUCCUCCAUCUCUGUGGAUUACAGCUGCAACAAAGCUACAGCUUCGGUAAGCUGGAAUGCUGUUACUGGCGCCACGCUGUACCGUGCUAUCAUUACAGAUAGUAAAGGACAGUCACUUAACUGCACGUCCACAGACACAAACUGCCAGAUUGUGUCAGUGCCUUGUGGAGAACUAUACAGCGUACGGAUUAAAGCCAUCGCUAGCUGUGAAAGCACCUCAGAUGGCAGCUAUGUCUUCGAGACAGCACCCUGCCCUCCCAAAUCACCAAUGUUAUAUCGUGAGUGCUCUACUAAUGCCAUUGUGUUCUCCUGGAAUCCCACCAACAACACGGCUUAUUACCUUGCAACCGCGGUGGACUCGGAUGGCCUGGUGACCGAGUGCCUCACUCAGGAAACUUCCUGCUACUUCACUGACACUGUUUGUGCUAAAGGCUACAGUUUCUACGUCAGCUCCACCUACACCGGAGUGGAACAGUGCAACAGUGGAAACACGCAAGCUAAGAUGGUCAGAACAGCUCCAUGUCUGCCUCAGAAUGUCCACACAACAGCAGACUGUAAUAGCAUCAGCACUGCCGUCACUACUUGGGACAUGGCCGAAGGAGCCCAGACCUACAUGGUGGAGGCCUUUGGCAAUAGCAGAGAUUUCUACAACUGCACAUCUCAAAAUUCGAGCUGUACACUCACAGAUCUGGACUGCGGAGAAAGCCUGAGCAUUUGGCUUAUUGCCACUGAUGGUGAAUGUACGACUGAGCCUGUGUUGGGUGAAGUGGCAGACACAGUUCCCUGCAUCCCUCAGAACGUGUCCGCGGUGGAGAAAUGUAGUUCAAACUCUGCCACUCUCUCAUGGCUCGGAAGCAACGGUGCCAUCUUAUACUAUGGAACAGCAAAACACGCAGACGGCACAGUUUACAGCUGCACUGCCUCGAAGACGGAGUGCAUAUUUGAAAGCCUGAGAUGUGGCGAGACCUACGAUGCUUACGUUGUAGCAACAAACCUGCAGUGCAACAGCUCUGAGAGUCAACAUGUCACCUUGAAGACGGCCCCAUGUGCUCCUGCUGGUGUGGGGGUCACUGCAGACUAUGCAGCGAAUUAUACAACAGUCAGCUGGCAGACCCUUCAGUCGGGAGGUCUGUACACAGCAAUACUACAGGAUGAAUAUGGAUCGUCAAUAAACUGCAGCACCAGCUUUAACAACUGCACAUUACCAAAGCUGCUCUGCGGAGUCAAGUACAACCUCUCAGUUACAAUGAACGAUGGUCACUGCAGGAGUCUGCCAUCCACACCAAUUCAAAUACAUUCAGCACCAUGUCCCAACUCUGGCAUUCAGGCCACGCUUGACUGUGGCAGCAACUCAGCACUCGUUUCUUGGACACCAGGCAAUGGUGCACUCAGUUUCAACGUAUCGCUGCAGUCUUUCCAGGAUAGCCAGUUGCACAGCUGCUUCACCAGUGGCUCUUUAUGCAACAUCAGCUCACUGCAGUGCGGUCAACGCUACAGCAUCAAUGUUACAGGAAACGGCCUGGUCGGGUCAUCCAUUUCCACAUCAAUGGCCACUGUAGACACAGCUCCAUGUGCACCCACUCAAGUCAAUGUGUCUCUAGCCCAUGGAUCUGACACAGCAUCUGUUUCCUGGGCAGCAUCCAGUGGCUUAGUUUCCUACUACGUUGUCACGGCAGAAUAUGGUAAUGGACGUCCGUUAACCUGCAACUCCAGCAGCACUUCCUGUAACAUCAGUGGUCUGGCAUGUAGUGAGGUGUACAAUGUCUCGGUCACAGCUAUGAGCGCAAACUGUACUGGGCAACGUAGUGAAGUGCGCCGCAUCAACACUGCACUUUGUGCACCACAAAAUGUGUCAGCCAAUGUGAGCUGUAGCAGCAACAUAGCAACAGUAACCUGGGGGAGGAGCCGCAGGGCGGACGUUUACUCUGUGACAGCCAGUAGUGCCAAUGGUCUCUCGGUGAACUGCACUUCAGCCUCCACUUCCUGUGACCUGUUGGCUCUGACAUGUGGACAAUCCUACACCAUCACAGUGAAGGCCGGAGGCAGCAACUGCAGCAGUGUACAGAGUACUCCUGUUCAGAUCCAGACAGCCCCAUGCCCUCCACUGAAUAUCCAGUCCACAAUGAACUUUGGCAACAAAACAGCGAGUGUGUCCUGGUCCCCUGGCAAUGGAGCACUUUCCUUUUUAAUGACAAUGCAAUGCUUUCCUGGACAGACGUAUACGUGCAUGACCAGUCAAACGACAUGUGACAUCACUAACAUGACAUGUGGGCAAGCGUGUCCAGUUCAAGUAGUGGCAGUUGGACCAUCGUGCAACAGCUCUGUGCAAACUGGACCACCAAUCGCAACAGCACCAUGUCUCAACUCUGACAUUCAGGCCACGCUUGACUGUGGCAGCAACUCAGCACUCGUUUCUUGGACACCCGGCAAUGGUGCACUCAGUUUCAAUGUUUCGCUGCAGUCUUUCCAGGAUAGUCAAUUGCACAGCUGCUUCACCAGUGGCUCUUCAUGCAACAUCAGCUCACUGCAGUGCGGUCAACGCUACAGCAUCAAUGUUACAGGAAACAGCCUGGUCGGGUCAUCCGUUUCCACAUCCAUGGCCACUGUAGACACAGCUCCAUGUGCACCCACUCAAGUCAAUGUGUCUCUAGCCCAUGGAUCUGACACAGCAUCUGUUUCCUGGGCAGCAUCCAGUGGCUUAGUUUCCUACUAUACUGUAACAGCAGAAUACGAUAAUGGACGUCCGUUAACCUGCAACUCCAGCAGCACUUCCUGUAACAUCAGUGGUCUGGCAUGUAGUGAGGUGUACAAUGUAUCGGUCACAGCUAUGAGUGCAAACUGCUCUGGGCAACGUAGUGAAGUGCGCCGCAUUAACACUGCACUUUGUGCACCACAAAAUGUGUCAGCCAAUGUGAGCUGUAGCAGCAACAUAGCAACAGUAACCUGGGGGAGGAGCCGCAGGGCGGACGUUUACUCUGUGACAGCCAGUAGUGCCAAUGGUGUCUCGAUUAACUGCACUUCAGCCUCCACUUCCUGUGACCUGUUGGCUCUGACAUGUGGACAAUCCUACACCAUCACAGUGAAGGCCAGAAGCAGCAACUGCAGCAGUGUGCAGAGUACUCCUGUUCAGAUCCAGACAGCCCCAUGCCCUCCACUGAAUAUCCAGUCCUCAAUGAACUUUGGCAACAAAACAGCGAGUGUGUCAUGGACCCCUGGCAAUGGAGCACUUUCCUUUUUAAUGACAAUGCAAUGCUUUCCUGGACAGACGUAUACGUGCAUGACCAGUCAAACGACAUGUGACAUCACUAACAUGACAUGUGGGCAAGCGUGUCCAGUUCAAGUAGUGGCAGUUGGACCAUCGUGCAACAGCUCUGUGCAAACUGGACCACCAAUCGCAACAGCACCAUGUCUCAACUCUGACAUUCAGUCCACGCUUGACUGUGGCACCAACUCAGCACUCGUUUCUUGGACACCAGGCAAUGGUGCACUCAGUUUCAAUGUAUCGCUGCAGUCUCUCCAGGAUAGCCAGUUGCACAGCUGCUUCACCAGUGGCUCUUCAUGCAACAUCAGCUCACUGCAGUGCGGUCAACGCUACAGCAUCAAUGUUACAGGAAACGGCCUGGUCGGGUCAUCUGUUUCCACAUCCAUGUCCAGUGUAGACACAGCUCCAUGUGCACCCACUCAAGUCAAUGUGUCUCUAGCCCAUGGAUCUGACACAGCAUCUGUGUCCUGGGCAGCAUCCAGUGGCUUAGUUUCCUACUACAUCGUAACAGCAGAAUAUGGUAAUGGACGUCCGUUAACCUGCAACUCCAUCAGCACUUCCUGUAACAUCAGUGGUCUGGCAUGUAGUGAGGUGUACAAUGUGUCGGUCACAGCUAUGAGUGCGAACUGUACUGGGCAACGUAGUGAAGUGCGCCGCAUUAACACUGCACUUUGUGCACCACAAAAUGUGUCAGCCAAUGUGAGCUGUAGCAGCAACAUAGCAACAGUAACCUGGGGGAGGAGCCGCAGGGCGGACGUUUACUCUGUGACAGCCAGUAGUGCCAAUGGUCUCUCGGUGAACUGCACUUCAGCCUCCACUUCCUGUGACCUGUUGGCUCUGACAUGUGGACAAUCCUACACCAUCACAGUGAAGGCCGGCGGCAGCAACUGCAGCAGUGUGCAGAGUACUCCUGUUCAGAUCCAGACAGCCCCAUGCCCUCCACUGAAUAUCCAGUCCACAAUGAACGUUGGCAACAAAACAGCGAGUGUGUCCUGGUCCCCUGGCAAUGGAGCACUUUCCUUUUUAAUGACAAUGCAAUGCUUUCCUGGACAGACGUAUAUGUGCAUGACCAGUCAAACGACAUGUGACAUCACUAACAUGACAUGUGGGCAAGUGUGUCCAGUUCAAGUAGUGGCAGUUGGACCGUCGUGCAACAGCUCUGUGCAAAUUGGACCCCCAAUCGCAACAGCACCAUGUCCUAACACUGACAUUCAGGCCACGCUUGACUGUGGCACCAACUCAGCACUCGUUUCUUGGACACCAGGCAAUGGUGUACUCAGUUUCAAUGUAUCGCUGCAGUCUUUCCAGGAUAGUCAAUUGCACAGCUGCUUCACCAGUGGCUCUUCAUGCAACAUCAGCUCACUGCAGUGCGGUCAACGCUACAGCAUCAAUGUUACAGGAAACAGCCUGGUCGGGUCAUCCGUUUCCACAUCCAUGUCCACUGUAGACACAGCUCCAUGUGCACCCACUCAAGUCAAUGUGUCUCUAGCCCAUGGAUCUGACACAGCAUCUGUUUCCUGGGCAGCAUCCAGUGGCUUAGUUUCCUACUAUAUUGUAACAGCAGAAUAUGAUAAUGGACGUGCGUUAACCUGCAACUCCAGCAGCACUUCCUGUAACAUCAGUGGUCUGGCAUGUAGUGAGGUGUACAAUGUGUCGGUCACAGCUAUGAGUGCGAACUGCACUGGACAACGUAAUGAAGUGCGCCGCAUUAACACUGCACUUUGUGCACCACAAAAUGUGUCAGCCAAUGUGAGCUGUAGCAGCAACAUAGCAACGGUAACCUGGGGGAGGAGCCGCAGGGCGGACGUUUACUCUGUGACAGCCAGUAGUGCCAAUGGUGUCUCGAUUAACUGCACUUCAGCCUCCACUUCCUGUGACCUGUUGGCUCUCACAUGUGGACAAUCCUACACCAUCACAGUUAAGGCCGGAAGCAGCAACUGCAGCAGUGUGCAGAGUACUCCUGUUCAGAUCCAGACAGCCCCAUGCCCUCCACUGAAUAUCCAGUCCACAAUGAACUUUGGCAACAAAACAGCGAGUGUGUCCUGGUCCCCUGGCAAUGGAGCACUUUCCUUUUUAAUGACAAUGCAAUGCUUUCCUGGACAGACGUAUACGUGCAUGACCAGUCAAAUGACAUGUGACAUCACUAACAUGACAUGUGGGCAAGCGUGUCCAGUUCAAGUAGUGGCAGUUGGACCGUCGUGCAACAGCUCUGUGCAAACUGGACCACCAAUCGCAACAGCACCAUGUCUCAACUCUGACAUUCAGGCCACGCUUGACUGUGGCAGCAACUCAGCACUCGUUUCUUGGACACCAGGCAAUGGUGCACUCAGUUUCAAUGUAUCACUGCAGUCUUUUCAGGAUAGCCAGUUGCACAGCUGCUUCACCAGUGGCUCUUCAUGCAACAUCAGCUCACUGCAGUGCGGUCAACGCUACAGCAUCAAUGUUACAGGAAACAGCCUGGUCGGGUCAUCUGUUUCCACAUCCAUGGCCACUGUAGACACAGCUCCAUGUGCACCCACUCAAGUCAAUGUGUCUCUAGCCCAUGGAUCUGACACAGCAUCUGUUUCCUGGGCAGCAUCCAGUGGCUUAGUUUCCUACUAUACUGUAACAGCAGAAUAUGAUAAUGGACGUCCGUUAACCUGCAACUCCAGCAGCACUUCCUGUAACAUUAGUGGUCUGGCAUGUAGUGAGGCGUACAAUGUGUCGGUCACAGCUAUGAGUGCGAACUGCACUGGACAACGUAGUGAAGUGCGCCGCAUCAACACUGCACUUUGUGCACCACAAAAUGUGUCAGCCAAUGUGAGCUGUAGCAGCAACAUAGCAACAGUAACCUGGGGCAGGAGCCGGAGGGCGGACGUUUACUCUGUGACAGCCAGUAGUGCAAAUGGUCUCUCGAUUAACUCCACUUCAGCCUCCACUUCCUGUGAACUUUUGGCUCUGACAUGUGGACAAUCCUACACCAUCACAGUGAAGGCCGGAGGCAGCAACUGCAGCAGUGUGCAGAGUACUCCUGUUCAGAUCCAGACAGCCCCAUGCCCUCCACUGAAUAUCCAGUCCACAAUGAACUUUGGCAACAAAACAGCGAGUGUGUCCUGGUCCCCUGGCAAUGGAGCACUUUCCUUUUUAAUGACAAUGCAAUGCUUUCCUGGACAGACGUAUACGUGCAUGACCAGUCAAAUGACAUGUGACAUCACUAACAUGACAUGUGGGCAAGUGUGUCCAGUUCAAGUAGUGGCAGUUGGACCAUCAUGCAACAGCUCUGUGCAAACUGGACCACCAAUCGCAACAGCACCAUGUCUCAACUCUGACAUUCAGGCCACGCUUGACUGUGGCACCAACUCAGCUCUCGUUUCUUGGACACCAGGCAACGGUGCACUCAGUUUCAAUGUAUCGCUGCAGUCUUUUCAGGAUAGUCAAUUGCACAGCUGCUUCACCAGUGGCUCUUCAUGCAACAUCAGCUCACUGCAGUGCGGUCAACGCUACAGCAUCAAUGUUACAGGAAACGGCCUGGUCGGGUCAUCCGUUUCCACAUCCAUGUCCACUGUAGACACAGCUCCAUGUGCACCCACUCAAGUCAAUGUGUCUCUAGCCCAUGGAUCUGACACAGCAUCUGUUUCCUGGGCAGCAUCCAGUGGCUUAGUUUCUUACUACAUUGUAACAGCAGAAUAUGAUAAUGGACGUCCGUUAACCUGCAACUCCAGCAGCACUUCCUGUAACAUCAGUGGUCUGGCAUGUAGUGAGGUGUACAAUGUGUCGGUCACAGCUAUGAGUGCGAACUGCACUGGACAACGUAGUGAAGUGCGCCGCAUUAACACUGCACUUUGUGCACCACAAAAUGUGUCAGCCAAUGUGAGCUGUAGCAACAACAUAGCAACGGUAACCUGGGGGAGGAGCCGCAGGGCGGACGUUUACUCUGUGACAGCCAGUAGUGCCAAUGGUCUCUCGGUGAACUGCACUUCAGUUUCCACUUCCUGUGACCUGUUGGCUCUGACAUGUGGACAAUCCUACACCAUCACAGUGAAGGCCGGAGGCAGCAACUGCAGCAGUGUGCAGAGUACUCCUGUUCAGAUCCAGACAGCCCCAUGCCCUCCACUGAAUAUCCAGUCCACAAUGAACUAUGGCAACAAAACAGCGAGUGUGUCCUGGUCCCCUGGCAAUGGAGCACUUUCCUUUUUAAUGACAAUGCAAUGCUUUCCUGGACAGACGUAUACGUGCAUGACCAGUCAAAUGACAUGUGACAUCACUAACAUGACAUGUGGGCAAGCGUGUCCAGUUCAAGUAGUGGCAGUUGGACUAUCGUGCAACAGCUCUGUGCAAACUGGACCACCAAUCGCAACAGCACCAUGUCCUAACACUAACAUUCAGUCCACGCUUGACUGUGGCAGCAACUCAGCACUUGUUUCUUGGACACCAGGCAACGGUGCACUCAGUUUCAAUGUAUCGCUCCAGUCUUUUCAGGAUAGCCAGUUGCACAGCUGCUUCACCAGUGGCUCUUCAUGCAACAUCAGCUCACUGCAGUGCGGUCAACGCUACAGCAUCAAUGUUACAGGAAACAGCCUGGUCGGGUCAUCUGUUUCCACAUCCAUGUCCAGUGUCGACACAGCUCCAUGUGCACCCACUCAAGUCAAUGUGUCUCUAGCCCAUGGAUCUGACACAGCAUCUGUUUCCUGGGCAGCAUCCAGUGGCUUAGUUUCUUACUACAUUGUAACAGCAGAAUAUGAUAAUGGACGUCCGUUAACCUGCAACUCCAUCAGCACUUCCUGUAACAUCAGUGGUCUGGCAUGUAGUGAGGUGUACAAUGUGUCGGUCACAGCUAUGAGUGCGAACUGUACUGGGCAACGUAGUGAAGUGCGCCGCAUUAACACUGCACUUUGUGCACCACAAAAUGUGUCAGCCAAUGUGAGCUGUAGCAGCAACAUAGCAACGGUAACCUGGGGGAGGAGCCGCAGGGCGGACGUUUACUCUGUGACAGCCAGUAGUGCCAAUGGUGUCUCGAUUAACUGCACUUCAGCCUCCACUUCCUGUGACCUGUUGGCUCUGACAUGUGGACAAUCCUACACCAUCACAGUGAAGGCCGGAGGCAGCAACUGCAGCAGUGUGCAGAGUACUCCAGUUCAGAUCCAGACAGCCCCAUGCCCUCCACUGAAUAUCCAGUCCUCAAUGAACUUUGGCAACAAAACAGCGAGUGUGUCCUGGUCCCCUGGCAAUGGAGCACUUUCUUUUUUAAUGACAAUGCAAUGCUUUCCUGGACAGACGUAUACGUGCAUGACCAGUCAAAUGACAUGUGACAUCACUAACAUGACAUGUGGGCAAGCGUGUCCAGUUCAAGUAGUGGCAGUUGGACCGUCGUGCAACAGCUCUGUGCAAACUGGACCACCAAUCGCAACAGAACCAUGUCUCAACUCUGACAUUCAGGCCACGCUUAACUGUGGCAGCAACUCAGCACUCGUUUCUUGGACACCAGGCAAUGGUGCACUCAGUUUCAAUGUAUCGCUGCAGUCUUUCCAGGAUAGCCAGUUGCACAGCUGCUUCACCAGUGGCUCUUCAUGCAACAUCAGCUCACUGCAGUGCGGUCAACGCUACAGCAUCAAUGUUACAGGAAAUGGCCUGGUCGGGUCAUCUGUUUCCACAUCCAUGGCCACUGUAGACACAGCUCCAUGUGCACCCACUCAAGUCAAUGUGUCUCUAGCCCAUGGAUCUGGCACAGCAUCUGUUUCCUGGGCAGCAUCCAGUGGCUUAGCUUCCUACUAUGUAGUGACAGCAGAAUAUGAUAAUGGACGUCCGUUAACCUGCAACUCCAGCAGCACUUCCUGUAACAUCAGUGGUCUGGCAUGUAGUGAGGUGUACAAUGUGUCGGUCACAGCUAUGAGUGCGAACUGCACUGGACAACGUAGUGAAGUGCGCCGCAUUACCACUUCACUUUGUGCACCACAAAAUGUGUCAGCCAAUGUGAGCUGUAGCAGCAACAUAGCAACGGUAACCUGGGGGAGGAGCCGCAGGGCGGACGUUUACUCUGUGACAGCCAGUAGUGCCAAUGGUGUCUCGAUUAACUGUACUUCAGCCUCCACUUCCUGUGACCUGUUGGCUCUGACAUGUGGACAAUCCUACACCAUCACAGUGAAGGCCGGAGGCAGCAACUGCAGCAGUGUGCAGAGUACUCCUGUUCAGAUCCAGACAGCCCCAUGCCCUCCACUGAAUAUCCAGUCCACAAUGAACUUUGGCAACAAAACAGCGAGUGUGUCCUGGUCCCCUGGCAAUGGAGCACUUUCCUUUUUAAUGACAAUGCAAUGCUUUCCUGGACAGACGUAUACGUGCAUGACCAGUCAAAUGACAUGUGACAUCACUAACAUGACAUGUGGGCAAGCGUGUCCAGUUCAAGUAAUGGCAGUUGGACUAUCGUGCAACAGCUCUGUGCAAACUGGACCACCAAUCGCAACAGCACCAUGUCUCAACUCUGACAUUCAGGCCACGCUUGACUGUGGCAGCAACUCAGCACUCGUUUCUUGGACACCAGGCAAUGGUGCACUCAGUUUCAAUGUAUCGCUGCAGUCUUUUCAGGAUAGUCAAUUGCACAGCUGCUUCACCAGUGGCUCUUCAUGCAACAUCAGCUCACUGCAGUGCGGUCAACGCUACAGCAUCAAUGUUACAGCAAACGGCCUGGUCGGGUCAUCCGUUUCCACAUCCAUGUCCACUGUAGACACAGCUCCAUGUGCACCCACUCAAGUUAAUGUGUCUCUAGCCCAUGGAUCUGACACAGCAUCUGUUUCCUGGGCAGCAUCCAGUGGCUUAGUUUCCUACUCCAUUGUAACAGCAGAAUAUGAUAAUGGACGUCCGUUAACCUGCAACUCCAGCAGCACUUCCUGUAACAUCAGUGGUCUGGCAUGUAGUGAGGCGUACAAUGUGUCGGUCACAGCUAUGAGCGCAAACUGCACUGGACAACGUAGUGAAGUGCGCCGCAUUAACACUGCACUUUGUGCACCACAAAAUGUGUCAGCCAAUGUGAGCUGUAGCAGCAACAUAGCAACGGUAACCUGGGGGAGGAGCCGCAGGGCGGACGUUUACUCUGUGACAGCCAGUAGUGCCAAUGGUGUCUCGAUUAACUGCACUUCAGCCUCCACUUCCUGUGACCUGUUGGCUCUGACAUGUGGACAAUCCUACACCAUCACAGUUAAGGCUGGAGCUAGUAACUGCAGCAGUGUGCAGAGCACUCCUGUUCAGAUCCAGACAGCCCCAUGCCCUCCACUGAAUAUCCAGUCCACAAUGAACUUUGGCAACAAAACAGCGAGUGUGUCCUGGUCCCCUGGCAAUGGAGCACUUUCCUUUUUAAUGACAAUGCAAUGCUUUCCUGGACAGACGUAUACGUGCAUGACCAGUCAAAUGACAUGUGACAUCACUAACAUGACAUGUGGGCAAGCGUGUCCAGUUCAAGUAAUGGCAGUUGGACUGUCGUGCAACAGCUCUGUGCAAACUGGACCACCAAUCGCAACAGCACCAUGUCCUAACACUAACAUUCAGUCCACGCUUGACUGUGGCAGCAACUCAGCACUUGUUUCUUGGACACCCGGCAAUGGUGCACUCAGUUUCAAUGUAUCGCUGCAGUCUUUUCAGGAUAGCCAGUUGCACAGCUGCUUCACCAGUGGCUCUUCAUGCAACAUCAGCUCACUGCAGUGCGGUCAACGCUACAGCAUCAAUGUUACAGGAAAUGGCCUGGUCGGGUCAUCCGUUUCCACAUCCAUGUCCACUGUAGACACAGCUCCAUGUGCACCCACUCAAGUCAAUGUGUCUCUAGCCCAUGGAUCUGACACAGCAUCUGUUUCCUGGGCAGCAUCCAGUGGCUUAGUUUCCUACUACAUUGUAACAGCAGAAUAUGAUAAUGGACGUCCGUUAACCUGCAACUCCAGCAGCACUUCCUGUAACAUCAGUGGUCUGGCAUGUAGUGAAGUGUACAAUGUGUCUCUCACAGCUAUGAGUGCGAACUGUACUGGACAACGUAAUGAAGUGCGCCGCAUUACCACUGCACUUUGUGCACCACAAAAUGUGUCAGCCAAUGUGAGCUGUAGCAGCAACAUAGCAACGGUAACCUGGGGGAGGAGCCGCAGGGCGGACGUUUACUCUGUGACAGCCAGUAGUGCCAAUGGUCUCUCGGUGAACUGCACUUCAGUUUUCACUUCCUGUGACCUGUUGGCUCUGACAUGUGGACAAUCCUACACCAUCACAGUGAAGGCCGGAGGCAACAACUGCAGCAGUGUGCAGAGUACUCCUAUUCAGAUCCAGACAGCGCCUUGCACUCCAAGGAAUGUCCUGGCCAUCGUGAACUGUUUCACAAAUGCUUUAGUGGUUUCUUGGACUCCUAGUGCAGGAGGACAGUAUUACACAGCCACUUUGCAGGACAGCAAUGGAGUCUCCACCUCCUGCCAGUCCACAGGCUCACAGUGUAAUGUUACAGGGCUCAGAUGUGGGCAACUGUACUCCAUCAACGUGACAGCGUCAGAUAAUAUGUGCAGCAGCGUUCCAAGUGCUACUGUAAACACAAACUCAGUUCCCUGCACAGCUUCCUCCAUCAAGGCAGUGCUGGAUUGUCAGCUGAAUUCAGCCAUUGUGUCAUGGCAAUACGGUGAAGGAGCUCAAGGGUAUGCCGUCUCUGCCUUGUCCCUGCUAGGCAACAGGACCGGCUGUAUGUCCAACAGCUCCAGUACAUACUGUGAGCUGAGCAACCUACAGUGUGGCACUGAGUAUAUGGUGACUGUUCAGACUUUGGGUAACACGUGCAAUGCCAGCGCACAGAUGAACAGCUCCCUGAUUAUAGGUACAUGUGUUCCUCAACAUCUGACAGUCCAGUACAGUCCAUCCAACACUCGGAUUUCCUGGGAUGCCUCUAACGGUGCAGCCGGCUUCACCGCAGUGGCUGUGACUCCUGAAGGCCUAAGAGUAAACUGUGAGAGCAACACCAGCUGUAUCCUCCCAGUACUGAACUGUGGUCACAUCUACAACUUCAGCGUGACGGCUCACAACGGAGUCUGCAACAGCACUGCCAUCACUGAUCCUAUCAAGACAGAGCCCUGUCCUCCUCAGAACGUCAAAGCUAGCAUUAAUUGCACUGCUCUCAGCGCUACAGUUUCCUGGGACCCCAGCCAAUUUGCACUAGGAUACAUUGCAUUCCUGGACAGUGGAAAUGGUCGUUCAACUUCCUGUCAGACUAAUCAAACACAGUGUAGUUUAGCUAAUCUCACCUGUGGAACGCUGUAUAACGUGAGAGUCCUUGCAAUCGGAGAAGUGUUCAACAGCUCUGACAGCAUAGGAUUCAACAUCACAUCAGCGCCCUGUGCGUCCACCAGUGUUUCUGCUGUGGUGGAUUGUGCUACGGAUUCAGUUCUAGUGACCUGGAGCUUCGUGGACGGGGCUGUGAAUUACUCUGUGAUGGCUUGGGGUUCAGGAGGACAAAUGGUUUCCUGCUCAACCAAUCAGAACUACUGUUACAUCUUGUCCCUGCAGUGCGGACAGCUUUUCAAUCUCACUUUAACCUCCAUUAACCAGCAGUGCCAAACCACCACCGACACCAACGUCAUCUUCCAGUCCACUCCAUGUGUUCCUCAGAUGAUGGCAACUCUGGACUGCACGUUAAACUUCGUAACUGUGUUAUGGACGUUCAGCCGAGGGGCUACUUCUUAUCUAGUGGUAGCUUCAGGACCCGAGGGUCCAGUGACGGCCUGUAAUACAGCCAACCAACAAUGCGUACUGCAAACACUGCUCUGCAGCUCCUCGUAUGAUAUCAGUGUGAUUGCAGUAAACCAGCAAUGCAACUCGUCAGGAAGUUCCAUCUCACGGAUAAACACUGUGCCGUGUGUACCUGGUCAUGUGGAGGGCAGUGUAAACUGUACCACUGGAGCUGUAGCUUUAUCCUGGAAUCAAAGCAAGAUGGCGGUUUCCUACUCUGCGGUCGCUCAGAGUAGCAGUGGCUACACUUCAGUGUGUAACAGCACAGGAACAGCUUGUGUCUUCUCAGAUCUGCUCUGUGGGAUGAACUACAGUCUAGCUGUCAGUGCAUCUGAUGGGACCUGCAGUACUACACCAAGUCAACCAAUUUUGCUGAGCACAGUGUCCUGCAAGCCACAGAAUGUCAGCACUCAGAUCACCUGCGACACAAACUCCGCUAUUGUAACUUGGGAGCUCAGCGAUCACGUCACACAUCAUACUGUUCAAGCUGUGGGUACUGAUGGACAUCAUGUCAACUGCAGCAGCUCUAACAGCACCUGCAUGUUACCUGCUUUACACUGUGGCCAGAACUACAACGUUACCGUUUCUGCCCUGGAUGGAAUAUGUGACAGCAGCAACACACUCCUCAGUCUGCAGUCAGCUCCAUGUGCACCUAGCAAUGUUCAGACAUCUUUGCUUUGCAACAUGCGCAAUGGAGGGGUUGUGUCUGUGUCAUGGGUUCAAGCAAGCGGGGCAGUCUCGUACAUGGCUGUGGCCGUGUCUAGUGAUGGUCAUUCCUACUCUUGUAACAGCACCACCACCUCGUGCAAUCUGCAGGAACUGCAGUGUGGACAGAUUUAUAACGUUUCUGUCUUCUCACUGGCCAAUGGUUGUGGGGGUGUGAUGAGCACAGUCUCUCAAGUACAGACAGCUCCAUGCUCCCCUCAAAACGUGCAGGCCAACGUGCAGUGUGAUACAGGGUCUGUGCUGGUGAGCUGGAGCCCGUCAGUGGAUGGCAGCCAGUUUGUUGUGGAACUGGUGUCCCAGAGCACGGGUUUGAUCUCCUUCUGUAACAGCACAAACACACAAUGCUCCAUCACCAAUCUAACCUGUGGACAGAUCUUCAACCUCAGUGUGGUGGCAGUGAGAGGCAGCUGUCAGAGUCAGCCAAGUAGUGGCGUCAACAUCACCUCAGCUCCAUGUAUCCCACAGGGGGUCAACGGCACUGUGGACUGUGUCACUAAUUCUGCAUGGGUAUCAUGGGAUGUAGAUAAUAGUACAGAUACUUACACAGUGCUGGCUGUAGGGGAUAGUGGUCAAAAUUCCACCUGUAUCAGCUCAAACUCUGUGUGUCAUGUACCGGACUUGGGUUGUGGAAGGAGAUUCACCUUCCAGGUCACUGCCUCAAAUGGAGCCUGUGUGAGCCCACCCAGCAAGAGCUUUAAGUUGGAGACAGCACCCUGUGCUUUAUCAUCCAUCGUGGCGACAGCCGAAUGCCAGAGUUCUGUUAUCAAGGUGCAGUGGCAGAGGGACCAGAUGGGAGAUUCUCUCUACAUUGUCACAGCAGAGGAUCAAGACCGUAACUUCCUUUCUUGCAACAGCUCCACAUCUUCUUGCAACCUUACCAAUGUGCAGUGCGGCAACGAGUACACCAUCAUUGUGGAAGCUUCUGCCAAAAAAUGUAGCAGCCUCCGAAGCCCACCAUACAAGAUUAGGACAGUGCCCUGUCCACCCUCAACAAUUCAGACCCAUACAGACUGUCAGUCGAAGGAUGUGUCUGUGUCGUGGGACAAAUCAUACGUGGCACAGUCAUACCUGCUUACUGCAGUCGGCAGAGAUGGAGACCUAAAGACGUGCAAUACCUCAGACAGCAACUGCACACUAACCAAUCUACACUGCAGUAAUAGCUACUAUGUGUCCGUUUCGGCCAGUAAUGAGAACUGCACCAGCCUGCCCAGCACAAACGUCACCUUCCAAACAGUGCCAUGUAAGCCUUCCAACUUGACAGCAAAUAUAAAGUGCGAAAAUGGUAGUGCCUCCUUGUCUUGGGUGGGGAGUAAAGGGGCAGUGGCUUACAUGGGACUUGGUCAGUCUGAAAACGGCACAACAAUCUACUGCGAAACCACACAAACAUCCUGUUCUUUGCCGGGGUUGGUGUGCGGAGCUGUGUAUAACUUCACAGUGCUGUCGACGGAUGGCACCUGCAACAGUUCCUUAAGUGAUCCUCAAACCAUAGGAGCAGCUCCUUGUCCUCCAGCUCAAUUAAGGGUUGCCCCUCGUACAGUAGUGAAUGGCACUCAGAUCUUGAGGGCAUCCUGGUCAACUGUGAACUGCUCUAAGUCUGAAUACCUCCUGGCUCUCAAAGGCUGCAUUCACGGCAACCACAAUGCACAAUCUGACCUUACCUCCUACUGGACAAGUCACACAUUCUUUGAGAUCCCUCUUCCUUGUGGCUCCUCGUACAGCGCGACCAUCAAGGCGAGAAACUUUGCAGCCACGAGCGAUGCCUCUGCUGCUGUCAAUGGAACAACAGUACCUUGUCCACCUUCAAAUGUUACAUUCACUGCAUCAUCAGCACAAGUGGCAUGGGCGGAGUCUGUAUUUGCUACAAACUACACCGUUUAUGUGGUCGCUUCUUCUAAUAGGACGACACUCUGCAUGACCUCACAGCUUCUCUGCUCGGUCAGUAACUUCAGCAGUGGGAACCUUGUUGUAACUGCCAGGAACGCUGCUGGGGAAAGUGAAGACUCUGUGCCUGUUUUAAUUUCAGCCAGUAGCAGAAGAAGAUGAGACCUAGCACAGAGAAAGGCCUGCCCAACAACUCCUGAGUGGACUCUUCAUCCCGACCAACCCUUUGCCUUUUCCUAAGAAUUUGUACUGUUCUGUGUUGCUUCACUUCUUUGGGUCAAGGUUAUUCUUCACAAUAUCUCUGGGUGGAAUAGAUUGACUGGGUAAAUAUAUAUUGCUUUUAAAAUGUAGUUCCAAAAUAUGUUAUAUUUGUGAUAAAUUAUGAACUCAUGGUCUUAUAAAUUAUGACAUGUAAAGCCCAUCUGGAAUAAAUUAAUGCUACAUAAACAUCUCUGCUGUUCAAUAAAAUUUAUCUUUUUAUGAGGAACUUACCAAGACACAAGCGACCUAUUCGAAGCCAAAAGAAGAGGUGCCUUCCAAAACAAUGGACACAUGUACAACUCAUUUGAGAGUACAGCUAAUUACAUUACCUUAUGGGAAUAGUUGGUCACUACUUUUCUCAAUUGCAUGGUAAUAGGAACUUCUUUGAUCUCUUCAUUAGGGAUAGUACUGGCUUGCAAAAUAAAGUUGAAAUAAUACA